AUGACUUUUUUACAGCAUUUGUCAGAGAAGAACGAAGACACGGACAACAAAUGUCUUUUAUAUGCAACAAACAACAGAAAUGGUCUCACUUGCUACUUCUCCAAUUCUUCUUCCUCUUCAGUCGGUUUGGUUUAUGUAGACAUGAGUUCCCUCUCCCUACGCCGCAAAUAUUGGGUAGUCCCUACCUUUUCCUCUUCUCACCAAAACCAUUGCGGCCCUGAGAUUGAAAAUGGGAAUGGUUCUUGGAUUUUUCCUUUCAAUGCUAGCUGCUCAACAAGGAACUUUGAGGAGCACCACAACAGUGAUAUCGAUUUCAGUGAUGGGUAUGGAGAAAACAAUCAGAGAAUUAAUCUUAAUGAUGACCAUCCUAAUGAUCAGAACAUGGAAAAUGGCAAGGAAAUAGAUAGUGGACAAUCAAAGCGUUGUGCCAAAGGACAUUGGCGGCCUACUGAAGAUGCUCUACUUAAGGAACUUGUUGCUAUUUAUGGUCCACAGAACUGGAAAGUCAUAGCUGAGAAGUUGGAAGGAAGGUCAGGUAAGAGCUGCAGACAGAGAUGGUUUAACCAGUUGGACCCAGAAAUCAAUAGAAGAGCUUUUACAGAAGAAGAAGAAGAAAGGUUGACGGAAGCUCAUAGAAUUUAUGGAAACAAAUGGGCAAUGAUAGCAAGGUUGUUCCCUGGAAGGACUGAUAAUGCAGUGAAGAAUCACUGGCAUGUAAUGAUGGCCAAGAAAAAUAGAGAGCAAUCUAGUGCUUAUAGGAGGAGGAAGAUGAACCAGUCUGUGCACAGAAGAAUGGAUGAAAUUCCAAGCACAAUAACAGAUCAACCACAAGAUUUUUCUCUCGAUAUCCCAAGAAGCUUCAAUGGUGGAGGAGGAGAAGCAUUACCAGGCUCUGGGUUUCCUCCUCAACAAACACCUUUUAACUUUUUCUCUGGCUGUAGUAGUGAUGAAGUUAUGGGGAUUUUUAGGCAGAGCAGAGUUUGGGAUAGGCCAGUUGAUGAACCCCACAAAAUGUAUCCCACAUACAAUCCUCCAUACAUGACGGCAAUACAACAGUCAGAUUUAGAAAUGCUUCACAGUUUCUCAGACUGCCCAGCACAUCAAAAUUCAGCCAGUGAAGCUUCAACAUCAGUAGCCCCAGCAAGUGGCCACGAUCAUGAUACGGUUUCACCACCAUUCAUUGAUUUUCUUGGUGUAGGAGCCAAUGAAGAAGAAGAAGGUGAAAAGUGUUUCUUAAAGAUUAUUGUAUAA